UCUCCUGAAAUCACAUCAGUUCCAAGAAAUUUGUGUAACUCUAAUUAUUUUUUUUUCAUCUUUUCAAUUUAUCUGAAGACAAAUUUGCAUGAAAAAUUUAAGGUAUGAUUCAACGGUCAGCCUUUCUUUCUUAUGUUAGUCAAAUAACUAAAUCAACAUGCUCAUACUCAUACUGGAAUCCUUAUCAGUUGGAGACUGCCAAAUGGAAGAAAAAACCGAGUUCUCUCCUUUACAUUUGCAUUUGUAUGAUAGCAUGCUAUAGUAAUAUAGUCAGAGAAAAACAAUGAAUUCUCAGCAUUUCGAAAAAGUGUGUCAUACGAAGUUCAUCCUCUCCAUUUUUCAUUUAUUUUAAAAGAAAAUUUUAAUAAAUACAAUUAAUGAUUUGGAAAAGUGAAAACAAUUAUUUACGAUUGAUUAAAUACUUCAAGUUUGGUUUUGUAAAUUGGGAAUUCAUGUAAAUAACACCCAUCAGUCUCUAAAAUCGGAAGUCUGCUCAAAAUUCAUAGCAAGCUCUUUCAGAGCAGAUAAGGAUUGACCUUUGUAUUUUGUUGGGAAUAGUUCGUGUCAAUUUGUGAAAUUUUUUGUAUUAAAUUUGUGAUUUCGUCAAUAUGACGAUAAUUAAAGGAUUAAUGCUGCUUUGUUUGAUUGCACAUAUCAACUGUGAAUGCAAUUCUACUUGUGAUGUAAAAGAUAAAUUUGCGAGCAAUGCACAAAAUAAGAAGAUCGCAGAAAGCCAACUAUCCGCACAAAUUAUUGCGCUACUCGAACAUUACAAACAAAGAGAUCCGUUGGGAAUACCCGGUGCUUCAAUCCCAGACCCCUUUCCUGUUCCGUAUACUAAGCAAUCGUUUGGAAUGGCCACGCUUACCAUGAAGAAUACAUCAGCUUUUGGUCUAUCGAAAUUCCGCGUUAAAUCGAUGUCAUUAGAUAUCAAUCAAUUGGUGGUGGAGACAGAAAUUCAAUUAGACGUUCUUGAAUUAUUGGGAAAUUAUACUCUCUCAUCGCUGUUUUCAUCGGCAAAAGGUCCAUUCAAUGUAACUCUUACGGAUGUUGUGGCGAAAGGAAAUGCUUCGGUGGCAGUUGAACGUGAUGGAAAAAUUAGAACACAAGAUAUUUCAAUGGACUUGAAUUUUUCGGGACUGACUACUGACUUCAAAAACUUAGGUUUCAUGGGUAGCAUAUUUCAAACGAUUAUUAACGGCGCACCAAAUCUUGUGUUCGAUUCCAUGAAACCAUUCAUGUUAAAGGAAGUCUAUUCAAAAUUACGCACCGAAAUCGACUCAAAAGUGAAAGAUUUAAUGGGAGACUACUCUCUACCGAAUUCCAUUUCGCCAUUGGAUAUGGCACUUGGAGAAGGUCGCCGAAGGGUCCGUGAAAUGGGUUUCGACCCAUUGAUUGUGAGAAAUUACAAUCACUCAGUUGGCCUGUUUGCCGUGCAAUUAAAAAAUACAUGGAUAGGUGGUGUUAGCGGGUUUCAUCGUGUCGGAGAUUUGGUUCUUUUGCUUGAAAAUAAUACAGUCACAAUCGAAUUGAACCUUGGAACGCAGGAAAUUAAAGGGUCGAGCGAUUGGGAAGUUACGGCUGGCAAAGGUAUGAUCACGCGUACCGGCCAUGUGAGAUUUUCCGUUCAAUAUAUCCAAGCGACCUUGAUUAUGAGCCAAACGCUUGAUACGCGAAAACCACCUCAAAUAAAGGAUUUACAAUUGUCUUUGGGAAAUAUUCAAGUACGAAGCGAGGGCGCCGGAACAUUUGACUAUAUCAUUGAAUUCGUUAUCAACAUAAUUCCGAAUCUACUUCGAUAUCAAAUAAUGGAUGCCUUGGAAAAUCCGGCAAAGGCAAAAAUACAAGAAGAAAUGAAUAAAAUAAAUGUAGAGAAGCUGAUCAAGGACAAUAUUCCAAAUUUCGAAAAGUUAAAACAAAACUACUCAAUCACGUUGAAUGAUUUGAAAUACUAGGAAUGAACUGUAAAUUUCAUUGAAUAAAGACACGUUUUGAACACUUAAUCAAAAUCCUAA